CUCACCAGACGAUUUGCCGUCGAUGUUCUUUCCAGCCGAGGUGGUUUCAUCCCGGAUGUCAGGGGCGAGCAACGUGACUGCGGGCCCCCCCGGGUCCAGUUCGGUCCUCCAGCCGGCCUGGGACUACCUUCGCCAGAACCACCACAACCUCCUGAGGAGCCCAUUGUUCCCCGUGGCACUCUCUGUCUCCACUUACUUCUUCUUGGUUGGGGUCUACACGGCGCUGGACCUGCUGGCACCCGCCUGGCCCAGCGUCAACCGCUACCGGCUGCACCCGGACAGACCCGUCACCUGGCCGGGCAUUGGGACCACGCUGGGUGUCACCGCCUACAACCACAUGUUCUACAUCUUCCCUGCCGCUGUCGGCCAGUGGUUGUGGAGGCCACCCACCCCACUGCCUCCGCAGGCGCCCACCCUUUGGGAGUUCUCCCUGGGGAUCCUGGGCUGCAUGCUGGUCUUCGACUUCCAGUAUUACCUCUGGCACCUGCUGCACCAUCGCGUCCCCUGGCUGUACCGCACCUUCCACGCAGUGCACCAUGAGUACCGGCGCCCAUUUAGCCUGGUCACGCAGUACCUGUCUGGCUGGGAGCUGGUCAGCGUGGGCUUCUGGGCCACAGUGGACCCAGUUCUGCUGCGGUGUCACUGCCUCACCACGUGGGGCUUCAUGGUCGUCAACGUCUACGUGUCCACCGAGGAUCACUGCGGCUAUGACUUCCCGUGGUCCAUGCAUAACUUGGUGCCCUUCGGCCUCUGGGGGGGCGCCCCAAAGCAUGACGCCCACCACCGGUGGCCCGCCACCAACUUUGCCCCUUUUUUCUCCCACUGGGACCAGCUGGGGGGCACCCACAUGAUGCCGCCCACCAGCGGGCACGGCUCCGAUGGUGAUCCGAAGGACUAAUGAAUCACUUUUGUACCUUCUCCUGACCCAGAAUGUUCCCUUUCCUUGUCUGACCUUCUAUGUUGCUUCGAUUUUAUGACUUUCUGGUAAAAUGUGACGUUGUAGACCGUGAUGCACCGUUUUCAACUACUCCACUACUCUUCUUUUGUUGUUGUUAUUAUGGCGAUCUCUCAGGUUUGUUUCCAUACACGGGGAACAAA